AUGGACGAGUUUGACGAAGAAGCGUUCAACAAGUUCUUUCCCUCAAGCUUUGGGAAGCAGUCAAAAUCGGUUGACGUGGGCUCUCAGGUCGAUCGUUCCAAGCGCGCUGCUGUUUCGGCGCCGAAGCCCGUGGGCAUUGAACCAAGCGCCGCCACCAUAAUCCCUAGCGCAAAAGCAGCAGGCAGUGAAAAUGAUAAAAAAGACAGUGAUGAUGAUAGCGAUGAUGACUCUGAUGAUUCGGACGAUGACGAGGAUGAGUUUCCCGUAUCGCAUGAGCUCGUUCUAAAGACGCAUGAGCGUGCCGUGACUACCAUGACCGUGGAUCCUUCGGGGGCCCGACUAAUCACAGGUUCUACCGAUUGCACGUUGAAAAUCCAUGAUUUUGCUUCAAUGACCCCGUCCACACUCCGUGCCUUCAAGUCCGUCGAUCCUUCGGCCAAGAAAACGGCGGCCGCCCAGGACACUCACGCCGUGCACUACGUCGCGUUCAAUCCGCUCUCCCCGAGUUAUGUUCUAGCCGUACCUGCCAAUUCACAGCCACGGAUUCUCAGCCGUGAUGGUGAAACUAUCACCGAGUUCGUGAAGGGAGAUAUGUAUCUGCGUGAUUUGCACAACACUAAAGGACAUGUAUCGGAAGUUACGUGUGGUGCUUGGAACCCGUCUGAUCUGAAUCUGUGUGCCACUGCUGGAACUGAUGGUACAAUUCGCAUCUGGGAUGCCAGAAUAGGCCGCUCCCAGAGGGAUGUGAUUGUUCACAAGUCACGGGUAGCUGGCUCCGCUGGCCGGACGAAGAUGACUGCUAUCGCAUGGGGCUCUCCAAAGCAAGGAGGGGCGAACAUCCUGGUGGGCGCCGCCCUUGAUGGUAGUCUUUGCAUGUGGAGUGGAAAUGGCCCAUACACAAGACCCAGCGCGGAGAUUCGGGAUGCUCAUGUCCGGGAUACUUGGACAAGCGGACUAGAUAUAAGCUCUGACGGAAGGCUCGUUAUCACCAGAGGUGGCGAUGAUACGAUCAAACUUUGGGAUACCCGAAAGUUCAAGACUCCAGUCACAACUGUCACGCAUGCUUCAACGUCCUCUCGCUAUCCGACAUCCAACAUUCAGUUCUCUCCUUCGUCUGCAAAUGUCAUUACAGGCUCUGAAACUGGCCACUUGCAUAUUCUCAACCCUGCUACCCUCAGACCAGAUCUCGUCACUCCCGUGACACCAGGCUCACCGCUGAUUACUGUUUUGUGGCACGAGAAGCUUAACCAGAUUCUGACAGGCUCUGCGAAUGCAGAGACCCACGUCCUCUACAAUCCAAGUAUGUCCACAAAGGGCGCAGCGACAGUCAUGGCCAAGGCGCCAAAACUCCGCCAUGUCGACGAUAUUCCUGUCACUGCGGACAUGAACCUGGCGCGGUCUGGCGAUUCAGUAGUCGUUGGUUCCAAUGGAGUCCCUCAUUACAGCUCAGCAACCAUGUCGGCUCGUCAUCCUACAGUUGGAUUUACGGCCUCUGGUCGCUCCCGUGAUCCUCGUCGACCACACAUGCCGGCGCAGACACAGUACUCUAAUAUUACGCCUGAUGAAAAGCACAUCCGUGAGCAUAUCCCUCUCAGCUCCAUGCGAAAUGAGGAUCCACGUGAAGCACUCUUGAAGUACGCCGACAAGGCGGAGAAAGAUCCCAUAUUCACGAAGGCAUACCGGGAAACACAACCCAAUGCUAUUUACGCGGAAUUGAGUGACGGCGAAGAGAAAGAACCACAGAAGAAGAAAGCAAGGCGGUAA